CUUUUUUUGAUGGACCAAUGUUUACGGUUCUCUUGGCUGGAGAUCUUUAUCUGAGCACAUGCAAUUUCUUUGUUGUUCGAUAAAAGCAGAAAUGAGAUCACAAUCUAUUUCAUGCGCACAUAACUAUCUGCAUCCGAGACAUCUAUUUAGAUGAGCAGCUGGGACUCUGGAACGGAAGUUUUGUGUACUCUGAAAACACUUUUGGGGCCAUGGGUAGGCUGGAUGACGCAGCCAAGCGCAAGGUGGUGGAACUGCGUGAAGCGGGCCUGAGCUUCCGCAAGAUCAAAGCUGUGCUGGAGCUGGAGAACAUCAAAGUAUCUGCUCAGGCAAUCUACCUGUUCCUGAAGGAGUUUAAUGGAAGAGGCAGGCAAAGUGAUGUUCCAGUGUUUAGGAAUGGUGGACCUAUAGUAGCCUCGGGAUCAAGGGAUAUGGGUCUAGGCGAUGUGAGACAUGGUGGCUGGAGCGAGCAGCAACUAAGGAAUCUGCUCCGCGAGACUGCCCAUGUUACUGGCAUCUCAUCCCCAUCAGACUCCUCGGGGCAGAGUGGUGUUCCACAAGAGCCCAGAGGACACACCUCUGGGGCAGGCCCGACUAGCCAGGAACCACAGCAGAGGGAGAGGAAGGACGAGGAUGUCAGAAUCGUAAGUGUCACUUCACUGGCACAGAAUACCCAGCGAGAUGCCGCUCAGUCAGUACGUUCAGGAGCUGGCUCAGGAGCAAUGGCUGGAACAUUUUCAAGGAGAAGGUGCACCCCCUCGCCAGCAAACCCAGUCCUUGUGGCUCGAAAAAGGCUCCUGGACAAGGCUUUGUUCCACAGGGCAAGGGUACGGGACAGUGGCCCUCAAUCUGCCCAACAGACUGUUUCAUUAGUGAGAAAAGAUCAGUCAUGUUUCCCAUGUUCAGAUGGAAGGAAGGUCAUGUUACCUCAAACAACCUCGUUCAACCCCACAUCUACUCGACCUGUGAGGGGACUAUACCCAGGGACCAACCUUUUUCGACAAGGAUUACAGCAACGGGCAAAUAUACCCAGUCGCUCAACAGAACAGUCGCCCCGUAUUGGCAUUCGGAUUCCCCUGCCAAGCCAGUCAAGUACUGGGCCACAGAAUGUGAGUUCAACCGUAAGGUCCCAGGCUCCGAGCAGUCAGCAGCAGUCUCCUCCAAGCCAGCAGAGCAAUGUGGACACUGGGGCAAUAAAUGCACUGCAGGAACAGGUGAAGUCUCUGGCUUCUGAAGUGCGCAGUCUUGGUGUGGCUCUCAGGAUGAUGGUAGAGCAGCAGGGCCGCCUGGAAAGGGAGCAGAGCCAGCAAACCCAGGUCCAAAAGCAGAUCCUUAGCACCUUGCAGAAAAUAUCAUCUAAACAGGGACCCUGUGCCUUUCAGCACAGUACAACUUCUACAAUGCCAUCUUGUCCAUUGUCCUCAGCCUCCUACAGCCAGGGCACCUUCACCCCCAGCCAAGGCAACAGUUUGUGCAACCAAGUACAGUCCAGAUACAACGAAAUCGAUGGAUCCACUCUUGAUAACAUUGAGCCAUUUUCUCUUGACAGUCUCAGCUCAGCUGCUAUAAAUGGCUUUCCAACUUCUGACUCCCUUUCAUUCAGCCAGACACACUCACCCUCAUUUACACAGUCACACACACAAACAUUCACACCCGAGAUCGUCAGCUACUCACAGCCUCACACAGACAAUUAUGCAGGGCUGGACAGCAAGCCCGAGGAAAUGACCUCACAGAGCACAGAAAGAUCCUUUCAAGCCUGCAGAUCUUCAAGCCAGACUUCUACUGAACCUAUUUCUGUGCAUGACACCCAGCUGACUAUUGUCAAAAUUGAAAAUGUUUAAAAGACUGCAGAAGUUUACAUAUACUGCUCUGUUUUUUAUCCUCCUUGCUGAAUUUAGACAAAUUUUACAGUGAUUUUUUUUUUUUAUAAUACUGUAGCUUCAGCAAUAGUGGACAGUUAGUGAAGCCUUUUAGGUCACAUGUUUUUAAUGGACCAUACACCAGACAGUACAUUCACAAAGACAUUUUAAUCCCCAAAAGUAAUUUCAUUGUAUUUUUAAUUUCAAUGUGUUUUUACUUUAAUGAGCAAAUACAAGUUGUUUUAUGAAGGAAAAUCA